AUGGAUCCAUCGUUAUUACGACAAACGUUGGCUUUCCAAAAGAGCGCUGCUAAGAAUGUGUCAGUUCAGCAGAGACCUCAGGGAGGGCCAAGUGCUAGUCAUACAACAUAUAAUGCAGAAGCUGCGAAAAAAAAGAAAAAGACAACUCAGCCAAGUGCAAAGGGAAACCCUGAUUUUGAUUUUAAAACUGCUGUUUCAUAUUCAAAUGCAACAAAUUUCCAAAAUAUGGCUAAGAUUGUUGAUUACAUGAAGAAACGUCAUUUAAGUUCUCAACAAUGGGCUUUAUCAUUGGAAGAAAUUUUGGAUGAAAUACAGGUUCAUGACUUGUUGAAGAAAACUGAAAUAUGGUUGAAAGAGGCAUUAGCGAAAAACCCUAAGCUACAGGUCGAUGAAAAUGGAAAAUUCACAUAUCAACCUCCCUUCAAAAUUAAAAACAGAGCAUCUUUAGUGAGUGUCGUUCGAAAGUUUCACGAAGAUGGAAAAGGUGGAGUGUUGUUAUCACAAAUAAACGAAUGUAUUCCAAAUGCUGAUAAAGUUCUCGAGGCGAUAGGUAAAGAAAUAAUAGUAGUACCUACCCAAGUAAAUAAGAGAAAAGACAAAGUCGUUUUCUGGAAUGAUAUUGGUUAUGAUUUUCCAAUUGAUGACGAAUUCAAGGGAGUGUGGAGGAACGUAUCAGUUGAUCAUCUAGAUGAGAAAAAGAUUGAGGAAUAUUUACAAAAGCAUGGAAUAGAUGCUAUGAGAGAUCUCGCUCCAAAGAAAAUUUCUGGACCUCCUAAGCGGAAGACACCCAAGCGUAGAAAUAACGGAAAGGUCCAUAAUGAACAUCUUGAUGGAAUACUCAAGGAUUAUGAUGAAUAA